AUGCUGUCGCCGUUGUUGACCGUCUUCGCGCACUCUGGGUGGCUGCAGCCUAGCCCCUCCCCUACCUCCAUUUUCCGUGCCCGGCCACCUCCUGCCCACCACUUGGCGCUGCCCCCGCCGCCAGCCACCACCCAGCACUGCCGCCAAGUCAGCCGCGCCGCCCCCGCGCCCACUCCCCGCCUUCCACGCGUCCCCUGCGCCUCCCUCCAGCGCCCCCAUCCGCCCGAGCCCGGACGCAGCCCACCAGGCCCAUCUGGGGCCCGACCGCGCCCGCAGGCGCCCGACCAAGCCGCCCCGCUCCUCCCGCUCGAUCAGGGGAUCGAGAGUGCCGCCGCCGCCUCUCAGCCCUGCCGCCCGCUGCCUACUCCCUCGCCGGAGCCGCCGCUCCGCGCCGUCGCCUCCUCGUUGCCAGGUCCCCGCCGCCCUUCGAGCUCCGCCCGUUGCCGGCUGGCCUCGCCAUCGCCGGGAACGGGUCCGUCGCGUCCAGAUCCGCCUGGAUCCGGCCGGCACCACAACCCCCAUGGCCUCCUCCAGCCUGCUUCGCCGGAGCCCCUCGUCCCGCCGCCGCCAUGCUUCGCCUCGGCCUCGGGCAAGGUCGGGGACGAGCUCCCCUGUCGUGGGCCCCGUCCGGCCCACCCGCGCCAGCCGCAGCGCCUCAAAGCCCAGCUCGCCCGGCCCAGUGGCCCUCUGUGUUGCUUAUUAGUUCCGGUAAUGUUGCGAUCGUGAGGAUUCGUUCGUCUACGCUUGGUUCGGUUUCAUCCGUUCGUCUUCUUCAUGGACUCGUUCUUCUUCCUUGC